ACACAUUACCUGCCCUCGGAGAGCUUACGGGCUGCCCCGAUCUCUGUCCUCUCCUCCGGUUCCACGUCGCUUAGAUGAGCCCCGCUAAACCCAACUUGCAAGAAGAAGCCCAGCAGCUGGGGAGACUCGGGAGGAUGUCUUCCAAGCGACCAGCCUCUCCGUAUGGGGAAGCAGAUGGAGAGGUAGCCAUGGUGACAAGCAGACAGAAAGUGGAAGAAGAGGAGAGUAACGGGCUUGCCGCCUUUCACCUUCCCUUGAAUGUGAGUUUUCCCAACAAGCCUCACUCUGAGGAAUUUCAGCCAGUUUCUCUGCUGACGCAAGAGAGUUCUGUCCAAAGGACUCCCACUUCUCAGCACAACAUAAUGGAAGUCGAUGGCAAUAAAGUGAUGUCUUCAUUUGCCCCACAUAACUCAUCUACCUCACCCCUGAAGGCAGAAGAAGGUGGGCGUCAGAGCGGAGAAUAUUUAUCCAGCACAGCUCUGGGGACUCCCGAGAGACGUAAGGGGAGCCUAGCGGAUGUCGUAGACACCCUGAAACAAAGGAAAAUGGAAGAGCUCAUCAAAAAUGAGCCAGAAGAAACCUCCAGUAUUGAGAAGCUCUUAUCAAAGGAUUGGAAAGACAAGCUUCUUGCCAUGGGAACGGGAAACUUUGGAGAAAUAAAAGGGACUCCGGAAAGCUUAGCGGAGAAAGAGAGGCAGCUGAUGGGGAUGAUCAACCAGCUGACCAGCCUGCGGGAGCAGCUGCUGGCGGCGCACGAUGAGCAGAAGAAGCUGGCCGCAUCGCAGAUCGAGAAACAACGCCAACAGAUGGAACUGGCCAAGCAGCAGCAGGAGCAGAUCGCAAGACAACAGCAGCAGCUUCUACAGCAGCAACACAAAAUUAAUCUCCUGCAGCAGCAGAUCCAGGUCCAAGGUCAGUUGCCUCCAUUGAUGAUUCCGGUUUUCCCUCCGGAUCAACGGACCCUGGCAGCGGCUGCUCAGCAAGGAUUCCUUCUCCCUCCUGGCUUCAGUUACAAGGCCGGAUGCAGUGACCCUUACCCUGUUCAGCUGAUUCCAACUACCAUGGCAGCCGCAGCUGCGGCCACGGCUACCCCGGGUUUAAGUCCGCUCCAACUGCAGCAACUGUACGCCGCCCAGCUUGCGCCAUGCAGGUGUCUCCCCGGCGGGAAGCUUCCGGGGGUACCCCAGGGAAAUCUCGCCACGGCGCUUUCUCCCACCAGCAUUCACCCCGACAAGAGCACAAACAGCCCGCCUCCGAAGAGCAAGGACGAAGCGGCCCAGCCCCUGAACCUGUCGGCCAAACCCAAGACCUCGGACGGAAAGUCUCCCACGUCUCCCUCGUCUCCGCACAUGCCGGCUCUGAGAAUAAGCGGAGGUGCCGGCUCGCUCAAGCCUUCGGUCCCCGCCACCCUUCCUAGUCCUUCGGCCAGAGUUAGCUCAAUAGGUUACUUAAACGACCACGACGCUGUUACGAAGGCGAUCCAGGAGGCUCGGCAGAUGAAGGAGCAGCUUCGGAGAGAACAACAGGUCCUCGACGGCAAGGUGGCCAUGGUGAACACCUUGGGGCUCAAUAACUGCAGGACGGAAAAGGACAAAACAACAUUGGAAAGUUUGACUCAGCAACUGGCAGUCAAGCAGAAUGAAGAAGGAAAGUUCAGUCAUUCCAUGAUGGACUUUAAUAUGAGCGGCGAUUCUGAUGGAAGCGCCGGCGUCUCGGAAUCUCGAAUUUAUCGGGAAUCCAGAGGGCGCGGGAGCAGCGAACCUCACAUCAAGCGUCCGAUGAAUGCCUUCAUGGUGUGGGCUAAGGACGAGAGGAGAAAAAUCCUGCAGGCCUUCCCGGAUAUGCACAACUCCAACAUCAGCAAGAUUUUGGGGUCCCGUUGGAAAGCGAUGACGAACCUAGAGAAACAGCCAUACUACGAGGAACAGGCCCGUUUGAGCAAGCAGCACCUGGAGAAGUAUCCCGACUAUAAAUACAAGCCCAGGCCCAAGCGCACCUGCCUGGUGGACGGGAAGAAGCUGCGCAUCGGAGAGUACAAGGCCAUCAUGCGAAACAGACGCCAAGAGAUGAGGCAAUAUUUUAAUGUUGGGCAGCAAGCCCAGAUCCCGAUGACCGCGGCCGGGGUGGUCUAUCCCGGAGCCAUCGCCAUGGCGGGCAUGGCCUCGCCCCACCUCCCCUCCGAGCACUCCAGCGUGUCCAGCAGCCCCGAGCCCGGCCUGCCGGUCAUCCACAGCACUUUCGGCGGGAAGGGAGAGGAGCCUCACGUCAAGGAGGAGAUGCAGGCCGACGACAUCAACGGGGAGAUCUACGACGAAUACGAAGAGGAGGAGGAGGAGGAUGCUGACGGAGAGUUCGGCAGUGACAGUGAAAACCACAUCGCGGGGAAAGGCAACUGAUUCCCGGCGGCCGGUGGGAGGGAGGAGACACGGCUCGUCUCGGGAUCCGAGACGACUUGCAGAGGAGGCUCCGAUCUGGUUCGUCUUUACCGGUGGACAAGCACAUUAACUUUCUCAUACACUGACUGUUACUCUAACUGUUAGUCUUAACUAGUCGGGACGUCAGCCUGCCCCGAAAGGCUCGGAAAGGAAAAUGAAAAAAAUGAUUAAAAAAAAAAAAA